AUGUAUCAUGAUCAUACUGACCAUUCGAUAGAAACUAUCCGUCGAGAUAGUCAAGUGUUGAGCCACCUUCCAAAAUUAAUGGUGGUUAAUCGUGGGGAAAUAGCUAUUCGUAUUUUUCGAACUGCUCAUGAACUUUCAAUGAGAACUGUCGCUAUUUUCAGUCAUGAAGACCGUUUAUCAACGCACCGUUAUAAAGCUGAUGAAGCCUAUCAAAUAGGUGAUCCUAGCAACCAUACUCCUGUCGGUGCUUAUCUUGCUCAAGAUGAAAUCAUUCGUAUCGCAAAAUCAAAAGGUAUAUCGAUGAUUCAUCCGGGUUACGGUUUUCUUUCGGAAAAUGCCAGUUUUGCAAGAAAAGUUGAAGAGGCUGGAAUCGCUUAUGUUGGUCCUACUCCCGAUGUUAUUGAAAAAUUGGGUGACAAAACGAAAGCAAGAGAAAUUGAAACGACGGCACCCAUAGAUGGUUGA